AUGGAUGAAAAUUAUUUUCGAAAUAAAACUGUUUGUGUAACAGGUGCUGGACGAGGUAUUAGUAAAUCACUAGCUUUACGACUUGCUCAACUAGGUGCUAAAGUUAUUUCUGUUAGUAAAACUGAUGAACAUUUAAAAGAACUUAAUAAUAAUAUUGUACCAGUAUAUGUUGAUUUAAGUGAUUGGAAAGCAACAAAAGAAGCUAUCAAUCCACAUCUACCUAUUCAAUUAUUAGUAAAUAAUGCUGCUAUUUCUAUUCGUGAUUCAUUCCUAGAAGUUAAACAAGAAGAUUUUGAUACAUUAUUUAUCGUCAAUGAAAUUGCACGAGAUUUAAUUGAACGUAAAUUACCUGGUUCAAUUGUUAAUGUAUCAAGUCAAGCAUCAGCCGUUGAUGGUUUAACGUGUUAUGGCUUUGAAAUUCGGUCCUCAUCAAUUAAUAGUGUACAACCAACUGUUGUUUUAACAGAUAUGGAUCGGAUGGCUUGGUCUGAAGAAAAGAAAUCUGCAGAGAUGUUAUCCAAAAUCUCACUUAAUAGAUUUGCCGAAGUGGAAGAUGUUGUUGAACCAAUUAUAUUUUUACUUUCGGAUAAAUCUCAAAUGAUUAAUGGGGCUUGUUUUUAUAAAUAG